AUGUCGUUGAGGCAGGUAAAGAAGCGAACGCGACAAGUGUCUUGCGUUAAUAAGGGCUCAUUUACGAGGAGAUUGCGCUGGCCGUCACUGUCGUGUUGUAUCAUUGCACCCGGUAUCUUGGGCCUCCUCGCAUGCCUGGUGGCGUUGCUGCAUACGAUGUGCCCAAUACGCCAGUUAGACACCCUCGUUGAGGGAAAUGGCACUUCUCCGUUCCACGAGGGAUGCAGCAUCGGGUGCGACACGACAUUUGGGUCAAUUUUAGGCAUCUCAAACGGUGUCUUUGGCUACAGUAACUGCAAUGCCACGACCUGCAUCUCCAAUAAGUGGCACCCAAUACACACAUUCAUGACUUCUGGUGGUUUCACUGGAAGGAAUAUCUUAGCUCCUGAGAACACGAGCGGAAUAAAAUGGCAAUGUGUGGAGUUUGCAAGGCGGUAUUGGAUGCUUCGCGGGAGUCCUGUCCCUGCGUCGUUUGCUACCGUGGAGGGAGCUGCUGACAUUUGGGCACUGACUUCUGUGCAGCUUCUCAACGGAUCAACCGCGCCGCUGCUUAAGUACGCCAACGGCGUCUCAGUCCGUGCUGGCGGCUCCGCUCCACGUAUUGGUGACUUGCUCGUCUACCCAAAGCAGGGGGACGGGCUUCCGUUUGGUCACGUUGCUGUUGUUGUGAGUGUGAAGAGCGAAUCUCUCCUUGUGGCGGAGCAGAACUGGGAUAACAAUGUGUGGCCAGCGCCGCACCAUGACUACUCUCGUGAAAUUCCUAUGCACCACAAUGUCACUGAGGAUACCUACAAAGUGAUUGAGGCGGACAACGUCAUCGUUACGGGUUGGGUGAGGUACGCCAUGUAG